UAUUUUGUCGCCAACUGGUUCCGGUCACACUAUUUACAUGUGUCAUGUUUUUUGUAUUUAUUACAAGAAACGUUUUUAAAAUAAAAUGUAAGCUUUUAUAUUACAAAUAAGCGUGAAAGUCGCGCGCAUUCAAGUUAAACAUAUACACGGUCAUAAAUCACUGCGAGUGCAUAUAGAAUUGUUCGGUCUGGUUUUGCAUCGCUUGCAGCCGCUGCGGUAUUCUUUGCAGUCGGCCAUUUAAAUCAAGAAACUACAACUAUAAGUGAAAACGAGAAAAAACGCGUCGCGACCUGCUAUAUAAACGCCCAGCAAAUGUGCAAUGAAGUGUUGAAGUGAGCUUGAAGACACACAAAAAGAAAAAUAUAUAUACAUAUAUAUAAGGAGGUACCUGCGUACAAUUACAAAUAGAGGCCCCAAGCGCUGCACGUUUGGAAAGUGACGUCGCGACGUCGCAUACAGGGUGUUGUAAUACACAAACCUCUGUUUUGCUAUAGCUUGAAACGGAACCCAGGUGUUUGUUUGUUAGCCAGCAGAACGAGCAGUAGAACAGAUGUCUAGCGAAGAGGAUAAACCACCGGCGCCGCCAGUCCGUCUAACCAGUAAUCGUGGCGGCGGCGUUGGCAUCGAACGUGUUCCCAUUCCCGGCAGUGGAACUGGCGGCAUUGGUGGCGUCGGCGAUGCGCCUCCAGUUGAUAUGCGGCCAUUGCCAAAAGAGCCCGACGAUGCGGACCGCAAAAAAAAGACACUGAAAAACAAGAUAAAAGGCUCCAAGCCGUCGCACAUGGAUUCCAAACCAAAUAUCUCGUAUCCCACUAACUUCGAGCACACAGUCCACGUGGGCUUCGAUGCAGUCACCGGCGAAUUUACGGGUAUGCCGGAGGCAUGGGCGCGACUCCUGAUGAACUCCAACAUCAGCAAACAGGAGCAGAAAAAGAAUCCGCAAGCAGUGCUCGAUGUGCUCAAAUGGUUCGACAACACAACCAAACAGAGGCCAAGUUCAAAGUACAUGACAAAUGCUAUAACAACGCAUUCAGGAUCUUCGCUGAGCCGCGUAAGCAGCAGUAGUCCCAGCAGCACGCCAACAGACUCGGAGCUGCAUGGCUCGAACAGUGGCGGCAAUUUAAUUGGCGUGCAGCUGGGUAGCAUGACACUGGGUCCCAAUGCCAACAAUGUGUCUGCAGCGGGUCAAUUGGUAAGCAAUCACUACCAACAGCAACAGCAGCACUUGCUGCAGCAGCAACAAUUGCAGAACCAUCAGCAGCAGCACCAGCAACAACACCAGCAGCUACACCAGCAUCAGCAUCACAUUGGCCUAAGUCAAUCGCAUUCGUAUAACUUUACUGGGCACACAGCCUCUACAUCCACUUCGCAACAUUCAUCUGCCAAUGAGAACGAUAUGUACGUUGAUAUGGGUGUCGCGCCGCAGCAACCACCACCACCGCCUGUGGCUUCUCGGCCGGAGCGCACGAAGUCAAUCUAUACGCGACCCAUCGAGGAACUGCAGCCGGCGCCGUUGCCAGCGGCACCAGCAACGACACCCACAACGCCACUACAAAACCACAAAGCAACUACGGCCACGGUGGCUGCAUCGCCCCUCAUGCUUAACAAUGCCACAACGACGCUGGACAAGAACAAGAACAAUGCAAACCUGUACCACGAUCCGACGGCCAACAAUUUGAAUGCUUCGUCUUUGGCAGCUACACCUGCCGCGGGCACUCAAAUUGCGGUGCCGCAGCAGGCAGCGGCUGCUACCACGACGACGACUACGACGAGAGCCGCUAACGCCAAGAAGAAGAAAAUGUCUGACGAAGAAAUACUUGAAAAGCUGCGCACCAUUGUCUCUGUGGGCGAUCCCAAUCGCAAGUACACCAAGAUGGAGAAAAUUGGCCAAGGUGCAUCAGGCACGGUGUACACGGCCAUUGAGUCCUCAACGGGCAUGGAGGUGGCAAUCAAACAGAUGAAUUUGUCGCAGCAGCCCAAGAAGGAGCUGAUUAUCAAUGAGAUUUUAGUAAUGCGAGAGAACAAACAUCCGAAUGUUGUCAACUACUUGGAUAGUUAUCUGGUAUCGGAGGAGCUCUGGGUGGUUAUGGAGUAUUUGCCUGGCGGCUCCCUCACCGACGUUGUUACCGAGACCUGCAUGGAUGAGGGCCAAAUUGCGGCCGUUUGCCGUGAGGUGUUGCAGGCGCUUGAGUUUCUGCACGCCAAUCAGGUAAUUCAUCGCGAUAUUAAAAGUGAUAACAUACUGCUUGGCCUGGAUGGUUCCGUCAAGCUGACUGAUUUCGGUUUCUGUGCGCAAAUCUCGCCGGAACAAUCUAAACGCACAACUAUGGUUGGCACACCCUAUUGGAUGGCCCCCGAAGUGGUUACACGCAAGCAGUAUGGACCAAAGGUCGAUCUAUGGUCGCUAGGCAUCAUGGCUAUUGAAAUGGUCGAGGGUGAGCCACCGUAUCUGAACGAGAAUCCUCUAAAAGCCUUGUACCUCAUUGCCACCAAUGGCAAGCCGGAGAUUAAGGAAAAAGACAAACUAACGGCUGCAUUUCAAGAUUUUCUAGAUCAGUGUCUAGAAGUGGAAGUGGAGCGGCGCGCCAGCGCCAUGGAUCUGCUAAAGCAUCCCUUCCUAAAAUUGGCGCGUCCAUUGGCUAGUUUGACGCCUCUGAUCAUGGCCGCCAAGGAAGCGACCAAGGGCAACUGAUUGACAACCAAAAAACAGCAACUUAUUUAACCAUUACUAAUGAAUUACUGUUACAACAAGCAACAGCAGCAGCGAGAACAACAACAAUAGCAACAAUUCAUGCGUAUGAUGAACAGAUGAUAAAUUAUAAGUGUUUAUGAUUAUUAUGAUUAUUUAUAUAAACGUAUUUAUAUACAAACACA